AUGUUCCCCUUUUCCCACAACUCUUCAAUAUAUGAUCUUCUCAGAUCUCAUACAUCUCUUGAGAGGAAGCGGAAACCAGAGAUAUUGACGGGAAAAAGCAAUUACUUGCUCAAUGCAAACAAGUCUGUGCUCUAUGAAUCCUAUCUCAUUCCACCCCGAGACCCAAGAAAUCCAGCCACCCAUGUAAACGGCUCGACGGCAAGCACCAUCGGAGCUAGUCUAAAAAGUUUGACAUACAAAGGAAGUUGCCAAAGUUCAAGGAGGGGUUAUGGGACCAAAAGAUUUCAUGCAUGGGGGGGCAUGGGGCGGUUGAUGUCUUGCUACUUAAUAUCUUUGGGACAAGAGAUGCCGAGGGAAGAAACCUCAAAAGACCCAAGAAGCGAAACAAGCAAACGAAAGCCUUAG